AUGGGAACUGUUAAGGAAGAAUGCGACUUCUACCGGGACACUUGGGUCAGAUUUUUGGGGUAUGCCAAUGAGGUUGGAGAGUCAUUUCGAGCUUUAGUCCCUGUCAGUUUGGUUUGGGCAAGCUAUGGAAUAGUCACUGCCUACGUGACAGCAGAUGCAAUUGAUAAAGGAAAAAAGGCAUCGACUAGUCAUGGAGAUGAGCCAGGGAAGACGGGAAGAGUUACUGUAGCCGUGGUAGACACAUUUAUCUGGCAGUCUUUAGCAUCAGUAGCUAUUCCUGGCUUUACUAUCAACCGAAUCUGUGCUGCAUCACUGUAUCUGCUGGCCAGAAUGAUUCGGUGGCCUGUCCCAGUUAGAAAGUGGACUACCACAGCUGUAGGACUGUCAGCUAUCCCAGUAAUCAUCAAACCAAUAGACAGGUCUGUGGAUUUCCUGCUGGACUCUACUCUUCGCAAAAUUUACAAUGUUGGAGGAAAAAAGCAUAACUGAUAAUAAAUCAGUGUGGAAGUAAGGCAACAUCUUCUGUAGAGCUCCUGCCAUGCAUACUCUAAGGCAUUCUCAGGAAGGUUUAUAUACAUUACAGUAUGAAUAUCUGAGGAACAAUGACAACUAUACCUCCAUCAUUCAAUGUUAAGAUGAAUUCUAAAAUACAUCACUACCUCCAGAUAUGGAAGGAAGUAAAUUGUAUCUAGCUGCUUAAUGGAG